UAUCAAUUUUGAAUUGCAAAGAUUUAAGAUAAGAGAUAAAUCUCUAAAAAUCAAGUUUCUGAAUAAGUAGUAUGAUUAAAAGGGUCAAUUACUUAAAGCAAAUGAAAAUAAUUAUUAUUAUAAAGGUUAGGUUAAGAGAUUGAAAGUAGAGUUAAGAAAAACAUGAAUGGCAAACGAAAUAUGUCAAAAGAGUAAAGAUAAAUAAUUGAUAUCAUCUUCAAAAAUAAUCUAAAUGAUUGACUUAAUUAGAAAGUACAAGUCAAAGAUUUAUUACUGUUGAAGUAGUCAUAUUUCUGUUUUCAAAAAACCUAGGCUAUUUUACAAUAUAGCAAUUCCAUUUAAAACAAGAAAGAUGAAGCAAAU